GAUGAUUUCAAGGGUCCACGCGCUCAUGUAUUAGCCAGCGCUUCCCAUUAAUAAAAAGGAUACAAAAGAUGAUGAAGCAUUAUAUCCAAAUUUCAAUCAAGAUAUAAUUUGUCUCAACCCAUACCCUUCCAUGGCGUCUUCUUCCUCCUCCUCUUCUCCUCAAACAGAAACAUGCCUUAACUUCAUCACUCAUCUCCUCACAGCUUUGAAAGACAGGGUAAUGAAUGUCAUCUUCCGUAAAGAAACACCGAGAAAAGGCGAGCAACAUUCGCAAGCACUUCCUCAAGCAAUCGGUUCAUCUUCCUCCUCUUCCCAUGAAAGGAACCAUCAAGUUUUUUUGAGCUUUAGAGGCGAGGACACGCGCCUUAACUUCACUGCUCAUCUACUCAAAGCUUUGGAAGACAGAGGAGUAUCUGUUUUCUUCGACGAAAAGGAUCUGGAAAAAGGGAAGGAAUAUUUUUCACGAGCACUUUCUAAAGCAAUUGCAGCCUCAGAAAUCUCAUUAAUUGUUUUAUCUAAAGACUAUGCUUCUUCGAACUCAUGCCUGGAUGAACUCUUCCACACCAUGGAUCGCAAGCGCAAGUAUGGAAGAACUGUUAUUCCCAUAUUUUACCAUGUUGAUCCUUCUCAUGUGAGAAAUUUUGUUGGGCGUUUUAAGACAUGCUUCGAAAAGCAUGAGAAAAGCAGGCCAGUUGACCAGAUGAGGCGAUGGAAAGCUGCCUUCGCUGAAGUCGGUGAAAUACCAGGAUGGCAUAUAAAAGGAGGCAAAGUCGAUAGACCUGAAACUGAGUACAUUCGGGAGAUUGUCGACGAUGUUUCAAAAAAAUUGAUGAAUAAGAGGUCUAGAAAUGUUUCUGAAGAAAUGGUUGGGAUAGAUGAUCAGAAACAGGCAAUUUUGGGUCUGAUUGAGCAAAAAGACAGUCGGAUAAUAGGACUCUGGGGAAUGGGUGGUAUAGGCAAAACUACCCUAGCUGAUGCUGUCUACAACAAAAUCUUAGUAGACUUUAAACGUGGUUUCUUUCUCUUAAAUGUUAGUGAGAAAAUUAAAAAGCAAGGAAGGGAGUCUUUACGAAAUGAACUUCUUUCCAAACUAUUAAGCGAGAAAGAAAUUCGUAUAGACACCCUUUCAAUAGGAUCUCCUUACCAAGAGAGGCUGAAUAAUGUAAGAGUAGCCGCUGUCUUCGAUGAUGUUAGUCACCCAGACCAGAUAGAUUUUAUGGGUGUUAAACAUUUUGGUCAUGGAAGUAAAAUCAUUGUAACAUCUAGAGAUAGACAUGUACUCAAGAAUGUAGGAGUUGACAAAAUAUAUGAGGUAAAGAAGCUGGAUGUGGACGACUCUCUUCAACUUUUCUCUACGUUUGCAUUUAAACAGUUCAAUCCUGAUCCAGAUUUUCGAGAUCUGUCGAACAAGUUUUUAGAAUAUGCCCAAGGAAAUCCACUUGCUCUCAAAGUUUUGGGUUCUGAACUACAUAAAAAAUCUAGAAAAGAGUGGGAAAGUGAGAUGCAUAAGCUAAAGGAGUACGGCCAGCCAGAAAUUUCCCAAGUUUUGAAGAGUAGCUUUGACGGGUUGGAUGAGCUAGAAAAGAAUAUAUUUCUUGAUAUAGCAUGCUUCUUUAAUGGGGAACCUAUGAAAAAUGUAGAAAAAAUUCUAAGCUGCUUGUAUAAGGGUGCAGUCAGUGGAAUAAGCAACUUGGUCGACAAGCAUCUACUUGAUAUAUCGCCUAUUAAAGAUAUCCCUGUACAUGAAAGGCUUGGAAAGGCAGAAGAGUUCAGAAAGCGCUUCAAAGAGUACCACCGGUUAAAAAAUCAUGACUUCCUCGAUCAAUCUAUUUCUAUGCAUGAUAUGCUUGCAGAGAUGGGCAAGAAGAUUGUUCGCCAAGAAUCUAAAGAUCCAGGAAAUCGCAGCAGGUUAUGGAUUCUCGAAGACGUGUCUCAAGUGCUCCUGCAUAACAAAGGGACCGACCGAAUUGAAGGAAUGAAGUUAGAUAUGUCUGAAAUUGAUAAUCUAAAGUUUUUCUCUUCUGUUUUUGAGAAGAUGCAUAGUCUUAGAUAUAUCAAUUUCUAUUUCCCUCCAUUUAGUGUUGGGAAGUACAAGAAGCUGCAUGCAGACCAAGUUGGUAUUUUAUAUCUUCCUGAUGAACUAAGGUUUCUUCAUUGGGAGUAUUACCCAUUUAAAUAUUUAUCAUCAAGUUUUAAUCCAAAGAAUCUUCUUGUGUUGAAAUUAUCACAUGGCGACAUAGAACAACUUUGGAACGAAGAUAAUCAUCAGGGUCUUGCUAAUUUAAGGGAAAUUGACCUUUCUCAUUGUAAGAAUUUAAGAAAGAUUCCUACUCUGUUGGGGGCGAUCCACCUUGAAAUCCUUUGCUGUAAGGGAUGUGAAAAUUUGGUUGAACUUCCUUGCCUCAGUCAUUUGUCAUCCCUUAAAAGAGUAGAGUUCCAGGGAUGUCAUAAACUCAAGAAAUUUCCGGAGGUCCCAGAUCAUCUCUCGUUGCACUGUUUAGAAGAAACAAGUAUAGAAGAAGUUCCUGAUUCAAUUGAGCAUCUGGUUCGUCUUAGAAAGCUGUGUUUGAGAAACUCGAGUGUUAAAAAUGUGUCGAAGAAUAUUUUGAAGUUGGAAUCCCUUCAUUGUCUGGACCUUAGUCAUUGCCCAAUCACCAAAUUUCCAGAAAUCCCAAGAAGCUUAAAAGAAUUAUACUUAUCUGGCACCCAAAUUGAGCAAGUGUCCCUGUCUUUCCACUCUUUAAGUAUUCUUCAAUACUUGGAUAUGAGGGGCUCAAGUAUUCAAAAGCUACAAUGCAAUAUUGACAUCUCUGGUUCGAAUGAGAUUUCAACAAUUGAGGUGCCCUCAUCGAUCUUAAGCCUUGGAUAUUUGAAAAUUGAUUACUGCAAGAGUCUCGAAUUACUCUCAGAGCUCCCACCAUAUCUACGGUACUUGGACGCACAUGGCUGCACAUCAUUAGAAAAGGUAUCCUUCACAGAUCAAAAUCAGCAUCUGUAUGAACCAUUUUCUUUUGAUGUUGAUGAUGACUUUUUCAUGAUAUUCUCUAAUUGUUUGAGCUUGAAUCAAGAUUCAAUUGAUAACAUUGUGGCAAAUGCCGCACUCAAAAUUGGAUCCAUAGCAGAGAAAUGGGUUAAGAAAAAUGUUUAUGGUCCAAGAAGAUUGAUUUGCUGUUUCCCUGGAAACGAUAUUUCAACAAGCUUGUUUGAGUAUCAGAGCAUGAAUUCUUCAUUAAUUUUGAAGAUAGACCCCAACAGGUGUAGUGGUGGGAGCAGAUACUUGGUGUUUUCUAUCUGCCUUGUGGCUGAUCUCACGCAUGCCUCAAAAUGCUGUCAUUUUGAAUGUAAAUUUAAAUUGACAACCUCCGGUGGUCGUUGCUACUGUUCUAGCUGUGGGUGGUUCAAUGAACUAGAUUUUCAGAAAAAGCGUCGGUACGUGGGUGAUCACGUGUUGAUUCUUUUUAGCGGUAAUAUGAUUAAAAAAGACGAAGGUUAUGAGGAGGCUUCAUUUGAAUUCUACAGUGACGAAGAGGGUUAUCAGGUGGAGAAAUGUGGUGUUCAUGUAUCUUUUGUUGAUGCCGAGUGUGUUGAGGAAGUUUAUGCUACAAUGGAGAAGAAGCGGAUUGAGGACCUGAAUUGGAGGAGAGAGAAUACUUAUGAAAAAUACCGUCCAAAUGGAUAGAAUAAAACAAGCCAAGACAAGCAAAGUGUCAUUGCCAUUUUCUCUCUUUUGCUUCAAUAACAAAAUCAGUAUUCUAUCAUGGCUUCUUCUUCCUCUUCUCCUCCAAUGAAGCAUCAAGUUUUCUUGAGCUUUAGGGGUGAAGACACACGUCUCAACUUCACUAUUCAUCUACUCGAAGCUUUGAAAGCCAAGGGACUUGAUGUCUUCUUCGACGAAGAAAAAUUGGGAAGAGGAGUGGAGCUUUCACCAGCACUUUCUCGAGCAAUUGCAGCCUCAAGACUCUCCUUGAUCAUUUUAUCUAAAGAUUAUGCAUCUUCAAAAUCAUGCUCGACAUAACUCUGUGACAUCAUGGACCACAAGAGCACUCGUGGUCAAAUUGUUCUUCCCAUCUUUUACCAUUUUGAUCCUUCCCAUGUCCAUAAUAUUGGUGGCCAUUUUAAGAAAUCCUUUCAAAAGCAUGAAUCAGAUAGGACAAUUGAUGAAGUGAAACGAUGGAAAGCUGCCUCUGUUGAGGCCGGAAAAUUGAAAGGGUGGCAUAUAAAAGGAGGUGAAUUCAACAGACCCGAAACCGAGCACAUCAAGAAUAUUGUUGAAUAUGUUAUAUAAAAGUUGAUGAAGCAUCAAGUUUUCUUGAGCUUCAGAGGUGGACACAGGCCUUGACCUCACCGCUCAUCUACUAAAAGCUUUGGAAGAAGCGGGAAUAGAUGUCUUCUCCAAGAAAGGGGAACAAGUUUUUCUGCCAAAUCUCUCGAUGAUUGUUUUGUCAGUCAACUAUGCUUCUUCAAUAUCAUGCUUGGACAAUCAAGGACAAAUAGUUGGGAGAACAAGUUUUUUCUGCCAAAUCCCACGUGCGAAGUUUUGGUGGGAGUUUCAAAGCUUCCUUUGAUGACCAUGAAUCAAAAGGGCUGCAUCAAGUACAACAAUGGAAAAAGGCAUUAGCUAAAGUUGGAAAACCAAAAGGGUGGCAUAUAGGAGGAAAAUUCGUCUGGUGACUAUCAUUACAUAUAGAUAUGCCCUCAAUAGGAUCCAGUUUUAUCCAUGAGAGGCUCCACAAUAAAAGAGUAAUCAUUUUCCUUGAUGACGUUGAUGACUCGGAUCAAAUAGCAUGGAUGGGUAUUAAACAUUUUGGUGAUAGAAGUAAAAUCAUGGUAACAUCCGGAGAUAAACAAGUGCUGAACAAUGCCGGAGCCGGCAAUAGUAUGCAUGAUGUGAGAAAGUUAAAUGAGGAGGAUUCUCUUCAACCUUUUUCUACUUUUGCAUUUAAGCAAUUGACUCCUGCUGCUCAUUUUCUAGAUCUAUCCUACAACUUGCUCUAAGAGUUUUGGGUUCUAAAUUAUCUUAAAAGUCUGAAAGCGAGGUCGAUAAACUAAAGCCCUCCAAGAUUUUUAAUUGCAUCAUUCUAUGUCUUCGUAAAUUAAAAUCUUAAAUUAUAAACACUAAGUUAGUAUUUAUAGGUAAUAGGGAUAUGGUUUAGGAUUUAGGGUUUAUAAUUUAGAGUUAU